AUGGACGACUCGAGCAAUCCUUCUCACACAACUGAAUUUUUUCCCGAAGCAAGAAAAAUACAUGGAACUACUUCUAUAGAAAAUAUUAACGACAAUCAUGGGUCUAUUUUCGAUGAGUUACAAUCUCCGGUUGGUGGCUCACUUUUUGAUUCUGACUCCGAUUCAUCCGAGGAUGAAGAACUAGAGCCAGUGUCAUACAUCCCUGAAUGUCCUUCCCAAAUGAAGCCACAUAUUGGCCAGGUUUUUCAUACCUUGGAUGAUGCUACAGUCUUCUAUAAUAAAUAUGCACGGCAGGUAAGGUUUGACACCCGUAAACGUGGAUCUAAAAGGGUUGGAGAUCUGGUCACAUGGCUAUACGUUGUGUGUAGUAGAGAAGGUGAGAAGCGAGUGAAUUAUAAACAGCCUGAGACUAUACGUAGACGUUCAUCUAGAAAGUGUCUUUGUAAGGCUAAAGUUGCUUUUAAGUUUUGCAAGGGUACUGGUUAUGUUGUUAAACAGUUUGAAGUUCGACAUAAUCACGAUAUGGUUCAAUUACGUCACAAGCGAUUUAUGAGGCUCAAUCGCAAUAUUGACCCAGUGCAUCAGAAAUUCAUAGCAGAUUGCGCAAGUGCAAAUAUCGGGCCCACGUUGACUUUUAGUCUGCUUAGCGAGGUCUUAGGUGGUUUGGAUUACGUCGGAUGCACCAUUGUCGAGGUUCGCAACUAUAGGCGUGAUCUUAGAGCAUAUGUGGAUGGUGCUGAUGCGCAAAUGGUAUUAAAUGAUAUGAAGCGGAAGAAGGAGAUAUGCUCGUCGUUCACCUACGACUUUGAGGUAAACUCUAAGGGUAGGCUUACACGUCUUUUCUGGUGUGAUCCUAUUGCCAAGCACAAUUACCAUUUGUACGGUGACAUUGUCUCUUUCGACACAACCUACUCAACAAAUAGGUAUUGUAUGAUUUUUGCACCAUUCACGGGCAAAGACAAUCAGGGCAGAGCCGUUACAUUUGGUGCAGGAUUGUUAUCAAAAGAGAAUGCUCCUUCUUUCGAAUGGUUGUUCAAAAAGUUUGUUAAAUGCAUGGGCGCUGCUCCCAAAUUGAUCAUUACUGAUCAGGAUUUGGGAAUGAAGGUGGCUGUUGAUAGUGUUCUAGUUGAUACAAGACAUCGAUGGUGCAUGUGGCACAUCAUGUUUAAGGUCGUUGAAAAAUUGCCCAAGAAUUAG